CGGCUCACCAUUGGCGUCUACGGUCACACUUCCUUUGAAUGCUCACCAUGGAGGCAAAGAGUACUUCAGUGCACCACAGAUAGAUCCAAUGCCUACAAAGGAAGCAGCACGACCAUCAGGACCUCCCGGCCGUCCUCCGCCAGAUGGAGGUACCACGGCAUGGCUUCAAGUGCUGGGAGGCUAUUUCCUGUUCUUCAAUACGUGGGGCUUAAUCAACGCCUUUGGAGUCUUCCAAACAUAUUACAAAGAGGAACUUCUUCCAAGCACGCCCAAUUCAACCAUUGCCUGGAUAGGCACGCUCACCUCAUUUUUCCUAUGCGCAUCGCCGAUAUCAUGGGGUCCGAUCUUCGACAUUGGCAACCCCCGACUGCUAGUACUCUGCGGCUCCUUUUUCGUCGUCUUUGGCACCAUGAUGACCUCACUGUGCACCUCUUACUAUCAGCUCAUUCUUGCUCAAGGAAUAUGCUGCGGAAUUGGCGGCGGAAGCCUCUUCAUCACAGCCACGAGCGUUUUGCCUGCGUAUUUCGCGAAGAAGCGAGCCUUAGCCAUGGGUAUAUCAGCAUCGGGCUCCUCGCUGGGCGGCAUCGUCUAUCCUAUAAUCUUCACCUACGUUCAGCCUUCAAUCGGGUUUGGCUGGGCAGUUCGAAUCAUUGGCUUCAUCUCUCUUCUAACUCUAGCAAUCCCAUGCCUAGUAAUAAAACCCCGCGCCAAACCCCCAGCCCGAAGAAAAAUCUUCGACACGACAAUCCUAAAAGAACUCCCCUUCCAAAUCAUGAACCUAGCAACCUUCUUCGGCUUCGUCGGCCAAUACAUCCCCUACUUCUUCAUCGAACAAUUCGCAGCCCAACACUCCCUCAACCUCGAAUUCUGGAUGCUCAUCUUCCUCAACAUCGGUUCAAUCCCCGGCCGCAUCAUCCCCUCCCUCAUCGCAGACAAAUUCUUCCACCCCCUCAAAGUCCUCACCACCACAACCGCCUGCGCCACAAUCCUCGCAUUCUCUUGGAUCGCCAUUAAACACUCGACACCAGGUCUUAUCAUCUGGUGUUUGCUCUACGGAUUCUUCUCCGGAGCGUUUGUAUCGUUGCAAGGCGCGGCCGUAGCUUCUAUGACGCAAGAUCUGAGGACUAUCGGCACGAGAUUCGGGAUUAAUAUGUUCGCAGGGGCUUUGGGGAUUCUCAUCGGUUCGCCGGUGGGAGGGGCGAUUUUUCCAGAAUCCUGGCCCGGUGCUCAGAUGUUUUGUGGGGGGACUCUGCUUUGUGCAACUCUUAGUAUCGUGGGGACUUGGAUUGCGUGGCAGCGAAGUCUGAGGAAUUCUGUGCGGGCUAAGGGGUUGGAGGGGUAUUAGUGUAUGAUCGUGAAAGUGUGGUAGGGUGUAGUGUAUAUAUCUAAAAUAUAACAACUUAAU